AUGGAUGAUUUAUCGUGGACCGCUGGUUUGACUAAGGAACAAGCGGGGCGCUACAGUCGUCAAGUUUUGGUUCAAGAUUUCGGUGUGAAUGGUAGUCAUUGUUUCUUUAUUUGUUUUUUUCUUUACCAGUUUUUCAGGGCAGAAAAACGCAUCAACCUCAAAAGUCCUUAUUAUUGGAGCUGGCGGUCUUGGCUGUCCCACUGCAACGUAUCUUGCUGGAGCUGGUAUCGGCACGAUAGGGAUAGUAGACUAUGACACGGUAAAAUCGUUCGUUGAAAGUAAUCAUUACCGGUAAACGUUCAGGUUUCUUUGGAUAAUUUGCACCGACAGGUUGCUCAUCGAGAACAAGCAGUAGGAACUUCUAAAGUCGAAUCACUGAAGAUAAUGUUAAACUCGUAGGUUUUGAGCUGCCCAUUUAAUAAAAUUAUUAAUAUUUAGGUUGAACAGUUCAAUCAAAAUAAUUACUCACGAAGCCACUCUUAACAGUAAAUGCGCCAUGGAAAUUGUCAAGCUGUAUGAUAUCGUGUGUGACUGUUCAGAUAACGCGGCGACAAGGUUUUUUUCGGUUUUACAUCGACUGAAUCAAACAUUAUGCUUUAGGUAUCUCAUAAAUGACGUGUGUGUUUUAUUGGACAAGCCACUGGUGAGUGGAAGCGCUCUUCGUUGGGACGGACAACUGACCGUCUACCAUUACGGAAAGGUUCGAGGAUAACCAAUUCGAAAGGUAUUGAAAAGACGGGUUUUGAAGGAAGGACCCUGCUACCGAUGCUUGUUUCCAUCUCCGCCUGAUCCGUCUACCGUUACAAAUUGCAGCGAAGGCGGAGUUCUGGGUCCGGUUGUCGGAGUGAUUGGGAGCAUGCAGGCACUCGAAGUGCUAAAAAUGGUUGCCGGACUGCCAUGUGAGAUUUUCGACCGUAUAUCGGGAAAUGUAUAGAAGUCUCACAGAAAGGUUAAAAGCAGAGACUGUGAGAAAAAAAACAGACCAACUUUUUUGAAGGUUGAAAAAAAGGAAAUUAAGUUUACCGAAGGAUUCUUGUAAUAGACUUUUUAAGACUAUAAGUUCUAUGAGGAAGUGAAUUCCUGAAAAGAAAGACAAUUAUCUCACAUUUUGAUAUAAAUUUUUUCGGAAACUUUCGAAUCGUUAGAUCAUUUGAAACAAUGUUCUGAACAGGUUCGUUUGCGGGGAAGCUUUUCCUUUACGAUGGUCGGUCGGGGUCUACCAGGACGAUCGUCUUACGGAAAAGAAGCCCAAGAUGUGCCGUUUGUGGUGAUGAGCCUUCUAUAACUGCUCCUAUCGACUACGAAUUGUUCUGCGGGGCCGGCGCUCAUGACAAGGUACCUUCAGAGGUCGGAUGCAACAGAGCUCCGCCUUUGCAGAACAACAAAUCUCAGAAACGACAUCCUGGUUAAAGAAAAACUUCUUUCUGUUACAGAUAGAGCGCAUUUGGCUGUUGGAGCAGAAUGAACGCGUUUCUGUUGAAGAAUACCGGGAUAUUCGAAGAAUAGCCAGGCCGCUUUUGAUAGACACGAGGCCUCCGAUCGAGUUUGAAAUCGCGCAUUUACCCGAGGCGACAAGUUUGCUUUUUAAUAAUAUUCAAAAUUUUCGAUUUCUUUUUGAAGAUAUAACACUCAAUGACCUCAGCAAACUUGAUUCUGCUCAAAUAACGGAAAAGUUAAAGUUGAAUGCGACUGAGAAUGACCAGAAAAAAGGUUGAUCUGUUCGAAAAAUAUUUUUAAAAAGUUAUUUUUCAGACCUUUUUGUAAUUUGUCAUCGAGGGAACGAUUCCCAGAGAGCUGUGAAAAUAAUAAAGGAAAAGGGUAAUUUCGAAUUUCUUUCCGUAAGAGAUGUUUCUGGCGGCUAUGAUGAAUGGGCGACAAAAGUAAACCCGAAUUUCCCGGUUUAUUAG